CCAACAGCUGUUAACUUGCACUUGCUUAUUUGUGGGGAACAAUAGCCCCUCUCUGGGCGGAAUAAACGCCUCGUUAGUGACUACGAACAGCUACUGCCUCUCAGAGGACUACUUGAGUCUAAGAGACGGACCUACUUCGACUCUGGCGAUUUCGCUCUUUAUGCGGCUAAUAGAAUGAGUGGUGACGGCGUCAUUCAAACAGGCACAGCCCAUCCCACGCGAGAGAGCAUUUCCCAUCCUUAUGCCCCUGUUCCCAGCACCGGCAAUGUCAAAACGGAUGCCAACAAGGGAUUACAUGCAAAAAGCGCAAGCCCCCAAAUAACAGAGUCGUCCUUUGUUCCAGGUGCAAGGAUCGGACAUGCAAGUCCUUUAAAGAACGAGGUGCAAAUGGAGGACUAGUGUCAACCAAAAUUACCACUAUCAACCACCACCCUACUCAAUUCAGACUAGUGUCCUGAUUUUCAUUCUAGGGUAUGAUUACGCUAUAUAUCGCCAUGAUAUCGU